CCUGUACCUGAGCAGGUGUGAGGAUCUCUAAAGCUCCUCUGAGUGUGUGAGUGUGUUUAGUGUGCAGUCUCUCGGACCUAUACCUCACCCGAAAAACCCUCUUAACACCGAAACACAGGAUAAAACACACAGAUUAUGGAGACUAGAGUUGUUGUGGUGCUGUGCUUCGUCACCCUCGGCGUGUUUUCGGGCGCGCGAGGCGAUAAAAAGGACAUUUACGCGAAAGUUGUGGAUUUGGUGGCUCCAGGUGAAGAGUUCCUCACAGAAGAUGCUCUUGUCUCGGUGUUUGAGCGGUUGGAGAACCGUGUGCAGUGUUUCGGUGUGUCGUGUGGAAAGUGUGUUUCAGUGGAGGCUCUCCAUCAGCUGCUGAGGAGCUACAGCCGCUCGCAGGGGCUCCUGAUGGAGGACUUCUUCGCCGCGGCCCCCGGAUGGUGUCUGUUCCUGAGCGCUCCGGCUGAGACCUGUGGGGCCGUACGCGAGGGCCGAUGGGGCGCCGAGACCGACCGCUUCAUCCGCACCGUCCUCGGCCACGACCCCUCCGCCAGCGCUCCUCGCGGACACAUCCGUCACUAUGGAGGCUUGGAGAAGCUGUUUCACGACAUGAAGUCCUCCUACCAGCCCGAGACGCACGAGGCCUGUGUGUCUCUGACGGAUAUCGUGGAGGACAGCCGUUCUGCUCACGGAGAUGAUGUGCGCGUGGAGCUGGACGCGGUGCUGGGGAACGUCCUCUAUCACGCUCUGAGAGGAGACUGCUUUACAGCACACGAGUUCCCCGAGCCCGACUUCUUCCUGGACUACAUCUUCAGCCGCUUCGGCUCGGAGAACCUCACGCUUCACGAUUUUGAGGAGCUUCUGACAACCUUAAACCUGGGCGGAGAGGAACAUGACCAUGACCAUCACCAUGAUGAAGAUCCCCGUCAGUGGAGAGGUCUAGCGGAGAGUCGGGCCAACAGCAGCUGGGACACGGCCUGUUUCAGCGCGGAAGAGCUGAUGAGGAUAUACGGCCUGAACUCUUCAUCACUGACCCGGGAUCAGUUCACACAGCUCAGUCCGGCCCUGAUCCAGCAGAUCCUCAGCGGAGGCUGUUCUGAGAUCAGUCCCACACCGACGAGCCCUGAUUCUCUCAGCACCACAGAGAGAUACGGAUACGCCACGCUGGCGAACCUCAUCAUCUGCCUGAUGGCCAUGUUUGGGAUCGUGGUGCUGCUGUUCUCGGCCUGCACGCAAGUGUUUGAGUUCUGCAUCCAGUUCUGCAUCAGUCUCGCGGUGGGAUCUCUGACGGGGGACGCUCUGCUCCAUCUGCUGCCCGCGUUCUUAGGCCUUCACGUUCACGAGGACGGACACGAUCACUCGGAGGAAAACCUGGACUAUGUGUACAAGCUCCUGGUGCUUCUCGCCGGUGUGUAUUUCUUCUACCUGAUGGAGAGCAUCUUCUCCAUCAUCACUCGCUCACCACAUCAUCACCACCAGCACCACCACGAGGAGGAGUCCGAGCCCCAUCACUGCGAUCACGGCCGAGUCCUGCAGAUGUUCCAGCGGGAGAAGCAGAGCCGCAGCUCCAGCUCUCAGGCCGAUCUGGUGGAUGCUGCAAAACAAGAGAAGUCGUUCCUGGAGCCUGGAGCCUCUAAAAGAGAGCAGCGUCUGCUUCCCUACAUGAUCACCAUCGGAGACGCCAUCCAUAACUUUGCCGACGGUCUGGCUCUCGGCGCGGCGUUCUCCAUCUCGUGGCGAUCCGGCCUGGCCACGGCUCUGGCGGUGCUGUGCCACGAGCUGCCACACGAGCUCGGUGAUUUCGCGAUCCUGUUGCACUGUGGCGUGUCCGUGAAGCGAGCUCUUCUGCUGAACGUCGGCAGCUCGCUCACCUCCUUCAUCGGCCUGUACAUCGCGCUGUCCGUCUCCACAGAUACCGUGGCUAUCGAGUGGAUCUCGGCGGUCACCGCUGGACUCUUUCUGUACGUCGGUCUGGCAGACAUGCUUCCCUCGCUGGUCCAUGUGGACAGUAAAAGACCGUGGCUGGUUUUUCUCCUGCAGAAUCUGGGACUUUUAAGCGGCUGGGGCAUUUUAUUGCUUUUGUCCUUUUAUGAAGAUCAAAUAGGGUUCUGAAUAUGAUACAUCAGGUUUUAUUUGUGCCUUAUUCCUAUAUAUCUGUCCGCAGAAACGACAUAUUAAACAUGUGCAAUGUG